AUGACGGAUUGUUCAACUACUAAUGAAACAACGGUUGAACCAAAGCAAAUAAAUCUUCUUAUCGGUAUUACAAUAGCCGUCUCUACCUCAUUUAUUCAAUCCCUUGGACUUACUAUACAGAGAAAAUCUCACGUUUUAAACGAAAAUAUAUAUCCUAAAGAGCUACGGCGAUCUGCAUGCAGAAGACCGUUAUGGCACCUAGGGUUUGACACCUACCUAAUCUCCAAUAUCAUUGGAAGUAUAUUCUCUAUUGGGUAUCUUCCUAUUAUCAUAUUAGCACCUUUGGGUGCAGUAACUUUAAUAUUUAAUGCAUUUUUUGCUCAAUUAUUAUUGGGGGAUGUCUUUUCAAGACAAUCAGUAAUAGGGACAUUUUUUAUUCUGAUUGGCGCGGUAAUGAUUGCUUUCUUUGGUGUUGUCAAAGCACAAAACCAUUCUCUUAAUGACUUAAUAGAAUUAUAUAAACGCCCGGCAUUUAUUGCAUAUUUCUCAACUAUUGAGUUUAUCCUCAUAGUAGUUCUUAUCGCUGCCAAAUAUGGAGAAUAUUUACUAAAUAGAUCGAAUCGAAAUGAUAGAGAAUUUAUUUUAGGAUGGCAUUGGAAAAAAUUUCAAACAAUGCUUGGAAUAACGUACGGUAUGGUUGGAGGCAUGAUAUCUAGUCAAAGUUUGUUAUUUGCAAAGAGUGGUAUAGAGUUACUACUUUUAACUAUUAACUGUCGAAAUCAAUUUGAUCGACCGUUGAGUAUAUGCAUAUUAUUAUGUGGCGUUCUUGUAUUAUCUUGGAGACGUAACGUCGCUCCCGAAGAAGGAUUAUUAACAGGAGAAGAAAGUAGAAUGUUAUACGGACAAGACAUAGAAGGAUUAACAGAACUAUACGAAGGUGAAGAAACUUUUACGAGAUAUAGAGAUCUUGAUGGUUUUUCUGAAACAAGCAGUCCUAAUGUAUGUCAGAAUAUUGGAAAUUCUUCUCGAGAAAUUAUGAAGUUUCAAGAGAUGAUACAGGAAGAAGAAGACAAUCAUAAUGCUGAUGAAAAGACAUCUCUUUUAGGAAAAAAACAUAAAUCUAGACGAAACAAAAGAUCAGUUUCUAUUGGUACAUUGCAAGAGGACAAUUAUGGCAUAAUAUAG